GAAUAUGUAUAUUAUAUAUACUUGUCAACAAAAAUAUAUAAUUCUGUUUAACAAUUCUUAAAUAUAUAAUUGUUUAAAUUUAUUCUGUACAAUGGUUAUUUCCCUGAAUGUGCAUGACGGAGUAGCAUAUGUAUGGAAUUCUGAUGAUUGGCACAUUCUUCGCUCGAAAUAUCGAAUAUGCGGUGCACUAAUCGGAACAGUACCUUCGUAUCCUAGACAAAAUGAGUUUUCAGGAUUGCCUAUGGCUUUGAUGUCCGAAGAAGCAGCAUUAUUAGUGGAAAAGGGGAUUUGUGAGUUAUUUGAAUUACCUACAAUAACAGAUAAGUUGACAAACACAGAAGUUGAAGAAAUCAAAAUUGAAGAGCAAAGAGUUCUACAAGAGCAAAAAGAAGCAUUGAUGAAGAGAAAAGCUGAACAAAUGUCACAAAAAAUAGAUAUUAUUAUGGCAGGGAAAAGACAAAAAUUACUAUCAAAAGGGGUUACUGAUAUUAAUUUGGACAAGCAUUCAGUAUUACAAGAAGAAAUAAACAAAUUACCACCAUUAAAUCCUGCACAUGUACUGGUACAUCUGCCAACGAAGCACCAUAUAGACAUAGAAAAGCAGCAAGUUGGUGUUGAUGCCUUGAGACCUAACCUGAAAGACAAUGCUGCAGCUAGAUACACUAUUUUCAAAGAUUUAUGGGAAAAGGGUUAUCAUAUUACAAAUGGUCCAAAAUUUGGCUCAGAUUUUCUUGUUUAUCCAGGAGAUCCUGUAAAGUUCCAUGCUAUGUAUAUGGUGAGAUGUGUAAGCGACCAAACCACCUCAUUAUGCCCUUCCAGUCUCGUCGCCUACGGAAGAUUGUCAGUAGCCGUAAAUAAAUUAGCAAUUUUAGCUUUUUGCAGCAAUUAUAAUAAAGUAGAUUAUCAAACAUUACAAUGGCAUGACAGCAUACAUAGAUAAAAUAAAUAUUAAAAUUUGAAAUAGGCAUUUAUUUUAUUUUAAACAUCUGAGACUGAUACCAAAAAGUAUGAACUGAUACGGGUAGUAGUAACUUUACUUCAGUUUAGUUUACUUUAUCCCUUCCGAUCAAUCUUCAGUCCAAUUCUAACGGGAAUCGAAAUGAAGACCUAGUGCCCCAGAUUCGAACGCCUAGGGCCGUCCUCCGUCAAUUAACAAAAAUUUAUUAACAUUUUUUAAAAGUUUUUAUUGUAAAACACUUUUUUGUUUAACUUAAGAAGUUUGUUUUCCUUAUUGAAGGAACAGCAGGUAAAUAAGAAUUAUUUGUGCAAUUGUCUCAAAAGAGUAUUAAAAAUGUUGAUGUUUUUCUAGGAUUUAAUUUUGACUGAUUAAUAA